CUCCUUCUCUUUCCAAAUUCUUUCUCCAGAGUGAUGUCUUUCCUUUCUCCCUUUCCUUUCCUUUCUUUUCCUUUCCUCCUUCUCUUUCCGAAAGCCUUCCCCAAAGUGGUGUCCUCCCUCCCUCCCUUUCCUGUUCCCAUUCCUCCUCUUUUCCUUCUCCUCGGACUCCCUUUCCCGGCGCCUUCCCCAACAGAUGCCAGGAGGGGUGACUGCCUCCCUUCCCUCCUCUUUUCGCGUUUCCCUUCCUCCUCAGAGGCGUCUUGGGGAGGAAGAGGAGGCGGUGUCCCUCCCCACGGGGCCUCUCCUUCCUCACUCGCCCCUCUGCUCUCUCCUCCUCCGCGCAGGAGCUUCGCCGUCGAUGGAGCCGCUGUCCGGAGGAUCCUCCGCCGCCGUCUCCACUCAGCUGGGCGCUGCCCCGGGGCGCGACUGUGGCUCCUCCUCCUCCUCCUCCUCGUCGUCUUCCUCGUCGUCUUCCUCCUCCUCGCCGCCCUCCAAGCCGGAGCUGGUGCAGCCCUACUCGUCCGCCCUGAAGCCCAACCAGGUCGGGGAGACCUCCCUGUACGGGGUGCCCAUCGUGUCGCUGGUGAUCGACGGGCAGGAGCGCCUCUGCCUGGCGCAGAUCUCCAACACGCUGCUCAAGAGCUACAGCUACAAUGAGAUCCACAACCGGCGCGUGGCGCUGGGCAUCACCUGCGUGCAGUGCACCCCGGUGCAGCUGGAGAUCCUCCGCCGGGCCGGGGCCAUGCCCAUCUCCUCGCGCCGCUGCGGCAUGAUCACCAAGCGCGAGGCGGAGCGGCUCUGCAAGUCCUUCCUGGGCGAGCACCGCCCGCCCAAGCUGCCCGAGAACUUCGCCUUCGACGUGGCCCACGAGUGCGCCUGGGGCUCGCGGGGCAGCUUCAUCCCCGCCCGCUACAACAGCUCCCGCGCCAAGUGCAUCAAGUGCGGCUACUGCAGCCUCUACUUCAGCCCCAACAAGUUCAUCUUCCACUCCCACCGCCUCCCCGACGCCAAGUACACGCAGCCCGACGCCGCCAACUUCAACUCCUGGCGGAGGCACCUGCGGCUCAGCGACAAGGGCGCGGACGAGGAGCUGAGCCACGCGUGGGAGGACGUGAAGGCCAUGUUCAACGGCGGGACCCGGAAGCGCACGUUCUCCCUGCACGGGGGGGGCUCCUCCUCGCUCUCCAAGGGGCCCCCCGCCCCCUCCUCCGCCUCCGCCUCCGCCGACCUCCCUCCGGCCAGCAAGGCCCUCCGCUGCGCCCCGGAGCCGCCCGCCCUGGCCCUGCCCGCCGGGAGCGGCGCCCCGCACGGGGCCGGGCCCGCGCUCUCGGCCGUGCGCAGCUACCCGGUCAUCCCGGUGCCCAGCAAGGGCUUCGGCCUGCUCCAGAAGCUGCCCCCGCCGCUCUUCCCGCCGCCCUACGCCUUCCCCGCCUUCGGACUUUGCCCCAAGAAGCAGGACGAGGCCCUGGGGGGCGGCGGGGGCGCGGGCGGGGAGCCCGGCAAGGGGCUGCCCCCGGGGAUGUUCUGGGGGCCGCACCCGCCGCAGCAGCCCCCCCUGCAGCCCCCCAAGGAGGGCGGGGGCGGCGGCGGGGGCGGCGGCGCGGGGGGCGUCUACCCGCCCUUCCCGAUGUUCUGGCCCGCCUCGGGGAGCCUCCCGGUCCCGCCCUACCCGCAGCAACAGAGCCAAGCCAAGGCGGCCGCGGCCAGCGCCGUGGUGGUGGUGGCGGCGGCGGCGGCGGCGGCUGCGGCGGCGGCGGAGCCUCUGGGGCUGAGGGGGGAGCACCUGGGGGCGGACCCCCCCGCGGGAGGGGAGGGGCGGGGCGGGGGCACCCCGCACGAGGCCUCCUCCUCCUCCGCCUCCGCCAACGCCGGGCCCGAGGGCGAGCGCGCCUGCCCCAGCGCCCACGAGAGCCAGGAGCGCGCCUCCGCGGCGGCCGCGUCCGUGGAGGAGGCGCUGCUCCUGCCCCGCAAAGGGAGCUACCUCUCCGCCUUCCGGCCCGUGGUCAAGGACGCCGAGAGCAUCGCCAAGCUCUACGGGAGCGCCCGGGAGGCCUACGCGGGGGGCGGGGGGGCGGGCGGGGGCGCGCACCACCCCCCGCGGGGAUACCUCUCCCCGGACUUCCUCAGCGAGGAGGGCAGCGCCAGCUACCGCUCCCUCUCGCCGGGCAACGAGGCCCUGGACGCCGAGGAGGAGGAGGAGGAGGAGGAGGAGGAAGAGGAGCCCGACGUGGACGUGGAAGGGCACCGCUUCGCCGAGGAGGAGGAGGAGGAGGAGGGCGGCGAGGCGCGGGACCGGGAAGGAGAGGCCCCGGAGGAGGAGCGGGAGCCCACCCCCACGCCCGCAGCCCGGGCCCCCGAGGAGGAGGAGGAGAAGGGCGCCGCCGAGGCCGAGGCCGACGGGGGCGAAGAAGGGAGGCACAGCCGCGGAGGAGGAGGCUACGAGGUGUUCCCGCCCCCAGCCCGGGAGGACCCCCCUCCGGCCCUCAAAGCCAGCCUCGCUUUGCCGGUGGGACAAGGCGCCACCUACCUCCGCAGCCCCGACAGGAACGGUGAGGAGUCGCUCAGCAUUGACAUCAUCAGCGGGACCCAGCUGGGCGAGAAAGACUUCGGGAACAUGGCCAGAGAUGAGUUGCAAAAACUCCUCCUGGAGCAGAUGGAACUCAGGAAGAAACUGGAGCGGGAAUUCCAAAGCCUCAAAGACAAUUUCCAAGACCAGAUGAAGCGGGAGCUGGCCUACCGGGAGGAGAUGGUGCAGCAGCUGCAAAUUGUGCGGGAUACGCUGUGCAAUGAGCUGGACCAGGAGCGGAAGGCCCGCUAUGCCAUUCAACAGAAGCUUAAAGAGGCGCAUGAUGCGCUGCACCACUUCUCCUGUAAGAUGCUGACCCCGCGGCACUGCACCGGGACCUGCUCCUUCAAGCCCCCGCUGUUGCCCCAGUGAACGGAAGAUCCCAUCAGACUGACAUCUCCCCCUCUAAACGCCCGCCCGCCAGACCUGCCUGAACAGGAGGAGGAGGAAGGAGGAAAAGCGUCCUGUAAAUAAGCCAAACCAAGGGGGGAUCCAGAGUGAGACCUCUCCCCCCUCCUCCCCGGAGCCAGCCAUGUAAAUAAAGACAAAGGACCCUUUGGACUGGGAAUGGGGGCUCCAGGGGUCCCGAGUGGCGAUGUGCAAUGGAUAUAGAACCGUACUGUGAGUCCCCCCCCCUUUUUUUUGGUUUAUUUCAAUCUGGUUAUUUAUUUAUCUGGUUAUUUAUUUAUUUAUUUAUGGAAGGGUUUCUUUUUUCUGUAUAUUAACUGGCCCCGCUCCUUCCUUGUAAACUGUGGAUGUCGAACAGCACUUUAAAACGGGAAAGAAGAGCAGGAUCCUCGAAGGGGGCAAAGGAGCUCCCAUAAGGCGGAAGGACAGUCCCACCCCCUCCAUCCAUCCACCCAACCAUCCACCCCCCCCCCCCUUCACCUUUGUGGUCGUUGUUCCUGGAGAGAGAAAAACCCUCCUUCUGUCAAGUGACUGACCUCCUCAUUUGGCUUUCCUGGUUUUGCUUUCCUAUUUGUUCUUCUUUAAUAAAAAGCUGACUUUUAAACAAAACCCAAGGCAGUGAAAGGGCCAUCCCCAUCAGGCGCACAAUCUGCAGGGAAGUGAUUUCUGGUGGAAGCGGAUAGAGACCAGGCAGAAACGAUUCUCAGAGAAACCUGAACACCUCCCUUGCAGACAUCAUGUCAACAAUAUUGAACAAUGACAGUUCGCACAGGUUGAAUAUCCAGGAAACAAAAAUAAUGACCACAGAUCACUUAGGGUGAUUGUAAAUGAGAGGAUGAAGCCACCUGAACUAGUUUCUAUGCUUGGCGUAGUCAUUAAUGAAGAAUGGAGACGGCAGUCAAGAAAGGAGAAGAGAACUUGGAAGGAGGCAAGAUCCCAAGUGUCAAGAUAAGACAUUUAGGAAGGUCCAAGCCAGCUGAUUUCCCAUUUCUGUGUACAGUUGUGAAAGCUGGGCAGUGAAGAAAGAGAAAAGGAAGAAAAUCAACUCGUUUGAAAUAUGUUGCUGGAGAAGUGCUGGAGAAGAUGCCACAAAUGUCAAAAAGACAGAUCAGUGGGUCUCAGAACAAACCCAGUCCAAACUCCCCACAGAAGCCAAGAUGCUGAAACUGAGACUAGUGUAUUAUGGCCACAUCAUGCCAAGAUAGGUCUCCCUAGAAAAGACAGUGAUGCAUGGGAAGGGAGAAGGAAAAGUGGAAGUAGCAGCCUUGAAUCUGCGAGACCCCAGGAUGGAUCUCUCUCAUUCACAGGAUCUCUGAGAAUCAAAAUCGACUUGACAGGAAUUAACAACAACAAUUGAUUUUUGUCGACCAAACUCCUUCAGAUUAAGAAUCAGAUAUGGGCCCUGGUCUGUCAGGAGGCACCUUGUUUUCUACCAAUGUUGGGUUGCAAGUCCAUUUACCUGCCGUUAGAGGUGGGUACACCGCCACAAAAUACAUAGUUUUGAAUGCACAAGGUGUGUUGUUUUUCCUCCCCCAGAAAUUGCCCUUUUGGGGUGUGGGUUGAGAACAUGCAGUCCUAAAUAACAACAACAACAAUUCUCCUUUUGGCUCAAUAUGGGAUACAACAUC